AUGGCGUGGCAGGGUUGUUUGGUUAUCUGCUUGAACGAUGAGAGUGUGGAUGGCCGCCUUCCAGGCGGGUGGAAAGUUUUCGGCGGUGUGAUACUGCCACCCCCCAUUGUUUACGGUUUACAUCCUCGGAACAUUUGCUUCAAUCCCAAUGCAAAGAUCCCUAUACAUUUUGAUUGCUCUGUUUGCCACACAGACAGCGGCUGGCAGUGCAUAUGGGGCUCCUUCACACCGCUGUUAUACCACUUCUCAAUCUGCUGGAUCACAUCGAACCGAAACGGCCAACUCAUGCAGCUCUUGGGUACUGACAACCUACCAGGAUUCGCAUCCCCGAAAGUCACCAUUGGCCACGGGGAUCUUAUACUCGAAAUCCGGCUCCGCCAUGCCUCGAUGCACUUUGCAGGCAGCUGUGGCGGUCAAGUGGGGGAUUUCUACUUCAUCGAUUCGAUUCGAUUCGAUUCAUACCGCUCCUUGAAGGGCCCGAACCCGGGCCUAGAUACUGAGCAACUGAAGAUGGCGUUGCACCCGCAAAGUCUUCCUCACAGGCGUACUGCUGCGGUGGUCUUGUCCAGCAGCUCUCUCCAUGACUGGAUACUCAAGCAAUACUUCGAGCAGGCAGCACACCCAAGCCUUAAGGCGCGGCCCAACGACUCAGCACCCAGGUGUCCAGCCGCCGCCGAGAAAUGA